GACGAGCCGCGCCACAGCUAACUGCUCAGUGUGAUCCAGUUCUUGUCAUUAACAGCAGUGAAGACUGUGAGUGCUCCUUGGAUUCCUUUAUUUGGCCUGGUCAUGAAUGACCACACACAUUUGACCUUACAUGUCACUUUAUUACCCAAAGGAGAAGCUCUUGGAAGGAUUUAAAGUUUCAAGUGAGGUUUAUUUAUUUUUUUUUUUUUUGUAUUUUGGGACCCAAAAGAGGAUAGAUGACACAAUGGCUCACGUGGACGCUGAAUUUGCCGUGAAGGGCAGCAGCAUUACCCGAGAGUGGAGUGGACAGCUCCAGCCUGCUCUGGUUGCAACAUUUCUCUUCCUUAUCUGCCUGGAAGCCGGCCUGUGGGUGAGGAACUUGAGGCUCAAGAGAAGACUGCCAGGACCCUUUGCCUGGCCCGUGGUGGGCAACGCCAUGCAGUUGGGCCAGAUGCCUCACAUUACCUUCGCCAAACUCGCUGAAAAAUAUGGUAACGUGUACCAAAUAAGGCUAGGCUGCAAUGACAUUGUGGUCCUGAAUGGCGACCGGGCCAUACGUCAAGCUCUGAUACAGCACAGCACGGAGUUUGCCGGGAGACCAAACUUUGUGUCUUUUCAGUACGUGUCAGGAGGAAAAAGCCUGACUUUCACCAGUUACAGCAAAGAGUGGAAGAUUCACAGGAAAAUUGCCCAAUCCACAAUCAGAGCGUUCUCAUCUGCCAACAGCCAAACCAAAAAAGCUUUUGAGUGGCAAAUUGUGGCAGAAGCAAAAGAACUGGUUGAGAUUUUUCUGAAACUAGGUGCUGACGGUGAUUAUUUCAACCCUUCCCAUGAGCUGACAGUAGCUGCAGCUAACGUGAUUUGUGCCUUGUGCUUCGGAAAACGUUACGGACACGAUGACGCUGAGUUCAGAGCCUUGUUACAGAGGGUAAACGAUUUUGGGCAGACAGUUGGAGCUGGCAGCUUGGUGGAUGUGAUGCCAUGGCUUCAGUCUUUCCCAAAUCCUGUCCGUAGUGUCUUCAAGAACUUUAAACACCUUAACAAGGAGUUUUUCAGUUUUGUUCAGAGCAAGGUCGAAGAGCACAGAAAGACCUUCAAUCCUGAGGUAACGCGGGACAUGAGUGACGCCAUCAUCGGGGUCAUUGACGAGACCAAGAACGACAAGGGACUCAGCGAGGAUUACACUGAGGGGACGGUGGCAGACCUCAUUGGGGCAGGUCUAGAUACUGUUUCCACCGCUCUUGACUGGAUACUACUUCUCCUGGUGAAACACCCUGAAAUCCAAACGAGACUCCAGCAGUUGGUGGACGAGGUGGUGGGGCCAAACAGGCUUCCCUCUGUGGAAGACAGAGGUCGCCUGGCCCCUCUAGAUGCCUUCAUCUAUGAAACAAUGCGAUUCAGCAGUUUUGUGCCCAUCACCAUCCCCCAUUCCACAACCUCGGACGUCACGAUUGAGGGUCUUUGCAUUCCAAAAGACACGGUGGUCUUCAUCAAUCAGUGGUCCAUCAAUCACGACCCCCUGAAGUGGAAGGACCCGCAGCUCUUUGACCCUUCACGGUUCCUAGACGAAAAUGGCGCUCUCGACAAGGACCUCACCAAUAACGUUAUGAUCUUCUCGGCGGGGAAGAGACGUUGCAUUGGUGACCAGAUUGCCAAGGUGGAGAUCUUCUUGUUCUUUGCAAUCCUCCUUCAGCAAUGUCACUUUGAGAAAUGUCCCCAUAAGGACCUGUCGCUAGACUGCGCCUACGGUUUAACACUGAGGCCUUUGGAUUUUAAGAUCACCGCUAAACCCAGGCAAGAGAAACUUUGAAAAGAAGAUUGUAAAAUACAUUCAGUCGAUAUAAGCUCACAUCUAAGAUAAACUAAGAUUCAUCGCAGAGUGUUUGGAUGCAAUAAGCUUUAAUUUCUUUACAAGAUGUUAUGGUCACAAUUCACAUGGAUAAAUGUAAUUUUGGUAUUAGUAUAGUUUAUAGUUAUAGUAUAGUGUUAUAGUUUAUCUGAUUUCACCGUCUAAUGCUCUGUAAAUGGACACAUGAUGUAACCCUGGGUGGAAUUGAUAUUGUCUAUAUUUUGUUUAUAAAACCUAAUCCUGCCCAGCACAGCUUUAUCCAUUUUAUUAGGAACACCUAUAAUUAAAAUGCAAUACAUACAACAACUCCGUUUUAUUAUCAUUCAGUCAGAUUUAAUUUGUAUAGCACUUUUCAUACAUGGAUUGCAACUCAAAGCACUUGCUUAGAAUUAUUGCACUUGUAGUUUUGUCAUAUUGAAAUUCUUAAUAUUCACCCACUUAAUCUAGUAAAUUAGGUUACCAAAAUACUAAGCACGCAUCUGAGUAUCAUUCACAAUGUGUCUCCCACAAUGUUAGCUGAAGUUGCAAAGUGUUAUGUUAAUAAAGAUAAUACAGUGUGUAGGUGUACCUAGGUUUGUGACCAGUAUAGCUAAACUACUUUGUUUUAUUUGUACAUUGUGUAAAAUACAUUAAUGAAUCAUCACAUUUCCUUGGAAAAAAAAGAGCUGAAUAUGCUUAAUAUCAACAGAAAAUUCUUAUAAUAAACCUGACAAAUAUGUACUUUGGAGUGUGACUAAAUCACCACGUGUAAAAUAAAAUAAACAUCUUUCUUGACUUACA